AUUCUUUUCCAAGAGCAACAACGCAGAUGAUCACUACUCUUUUCAUGGCCAAUUGCGGAGUAGUAGUUCGGCAUAUAACUUGAGAUCUGAUCCGCCGCCGUAUCAACCUAAUGGUUCUUCAGCGAUGCCAAUACCUACCAACAAUAGCCGGCAAAUUACUACACCAUUCGCAUCUGCAUCUCUACCAAAGAGCAGCGGCGACUUUGGAAACUUGAGAUCAAGACCUAGUGGAGAAUACAAACUGAGUGAUACCGACACUGAGAUGCCAGUGACGAAGUUAGCCGGCCCACGUCUGCUCACUAAGAAAGAUAACUCAUCUCAACAUACAUCAACGUCAACCGAGCCAGAAACACCCUCAUCUGGAUCAUCUUUGAGGCGGAAGCUUAGCCUGGGUGGCUGGAGGAGAAGUUCGUCGAAGGCAUCUCAUGCAUCCCAUGCCUCACAACCGCACGUUGCACUACAUAAAGGAGAUGAGCAAGGGCCUCAACCGCCGAGUCACAAUGGCAUGCCUCCGCCCAAGCUGCCUGCGUCUGCUACUUGGAGUGGGCCGCUUCCAAGUCCUAGCCCGUCUCAUAGAUCCAAGCCGUCACUGGAGGUGAGGAGGCGCCAGCCUUCUGCAACGGCCGUCAUGAGCGACACCGAACUUGACAGGUCACAGGGACACAAACCCAACCGAACCACCAGUAACCAAGCGCCCCCGGCAUACUCCAAUCUUUCGGCCAGUGGGCCAAACCCAAAAUCAGCUUCUUCGAUUCUAUCUCCGAUGCAAAGGAUGCUAGGUGGCUCCAAGAAUUCUCAGACCUCUGUUAAAACUCGCCAGCAAGACCCGAAUGUUGACCGAGAGGAUCUAGCCGCCGACGAAGAGAUGCGAAAGCUUGCAACCAAACGGAAAGACUUCGAGGCUGCAGCACGGGAUGUGGACGAUCUCCGCAAGCGAGCAAAACCACAAGAGCGUGUCAGCCCUGCUCAAGCUCUUCAGAUGGUCAAUCUGAACAUCUUCGAGCGAGGCGAGAUCAUAGACUAUAAAGAGAUUUAUUUUUGUGGCACGAAAAAUGCUAAGAAACACGUUGGAGACCUCAACGCACAAUCAGCCAACUUCGGCUACGACGACGAUCGAGGAGACUACAAUAUUGUGCUUGGGGAUCAUCUCGCCUACCGGUACGAAGUCGUGGAUCUUCUAGGUAAAGGAAGCUUUGGACAGGUUGUUCGGUGCGUGGAUCACAAGACAGGUCUUCUGGUAGCGAUUAAGAUCAUUCGCAACAAGAAGAGGUUUCACCAGCAAGCUUUGGUCGAAGUCAACAUCUUGCAAAAGCUGCGCGAAUGGGACCCCGACAAUAAGCACAGUAUGAUUAACUUUACACAAAGCUUUUACUUCCGAGGCCAUCUUUGCAUAUCCACCGAACUACUUGGCAUGAAUCUCUACGAAUUCAUCAAAGCCCAUGACUUCAAGGGCUUCUCAUUGAGGCUCAUCCGACGCUUCAGCAAGCAGAUGCUGAGUUCCCUGGUGCUCUUGAAGAGCCACCGCGUGAUCCACUGUGAUCUGAAACCAGAGAACAUCCUCCUCGCGCAUCCUCUUCACUCGGAAAUCAAGGUCAUUGAUUUUGGCUCCAGCUGUUUUGAGAAUGAAAAGGUCUACACCUACAUCCAGUCACGAUUUUACCGGUCUCCUGAGGUCAUUCUUGGCAUGAGCUACGGAAUGCCGAUUGAUAUGUGGAGUUUGGGAUGCAUUCUAGCCGAGCUUCUGACUGGAUACCCGAUCUUCCCCGGAGAGAACGAACAGGAGCAGCUAGCUUGCAUCAUGGAGAUCUUCGGUCCACCCGAGAAGCACCUGAUCGAGAAGAGCAGCCGUAAGAAGCUGUUCUUCGACUCGCUUGGAAAGCCUCGAGUAACAGUGUCAGCUAAAGGCCGCCGACGCCGGCCAAGCUCCAAGACUCUGCAACAGGCGCUCAAGUGCGACGACGAAGCCUUCCUUGACUUCAUCUCCCGCUGCCUCCGAUGGGAUCCAGACAGGCGGAUGAAACCUGACGAAGCGAUGCUGCACGAAUUUGUGACAGGCACAAAACGGUUGGUUCGUCCGCGGGCGCCUACCAACGGUGUAUCUGCCGUCGGGUCACCUGUAAAACGCUACAAUACUGUGCAGACUCCGCAGCGCACCCGACCUCUUCCCGAGCCACCAGCAACCAGCUUCAAGAACGGAAUGGCGGUGCCAGCCACUCGAGACGCGUCGAGCAGCUCGCCAGUCAAGGGCCCACCCAGGCGACACUCUACCGUACAAGGGGUUCAGGUGGGCGCAGGAGUGAAGCGGGCUGCUAACGGGGCCCCUCUGAACGCAUCUAGCAGUCUUCCUCGAGUGACUCAAAGGAGUGCGUCCGGGAAACCCGAUCUGGCUUCGGCAGCGGCAAUCGCCAGUCUGAAGUCUCGGUGAUCCCUUUACGCGAUGAACGUGUACAGUCGUACAUACAAAAAGAGGCGGAUGUAGUCAUAUGGUGGUUCGAUUUGGGCGCGACGUUAUGAUAGUCUUAGUAAUGCAUACUCGGGGGUUUUCCAUUCUCAUUAUCAACGGCACUCUUAUACCCUCCUGGUGUUGUUGCACAGCGCGGUCUGUGGGUUGUAUGCCUUGUCUGCCGGUGGGAAGGGUCCGUUGCUUUUGCUCUGCGGUCUUUGGAUUGCGGCAUGGGGCACGAGCAUCUCGGGCAUGACCACCGGACAUUGCCGGCGGCUUUGGCGUUUGUUUUCUGCGUAUGCUGGGCCAUGCAGAUGGGAG